AUGUACAAGUAUGUUGUCAUUGUCGCUCUGGCUUUGGUCGGUAGCGCCGUAGCUGCGCCAGGAUACUUGAGUGGCGCGCAUGGUGGCGCUCUUUUGGGUGGCUCUCUUUUGGGUGGCCUCCAUUCUGGACCGGCCAUUUCCUUGGCGCCCGCCGCUCCAGCCAUUUCAUAUGGCCAUGCUGCACUUGCUGCUCCAUCAAUUUCCUAUGCCGCUCCGACCAUUACCAAGAUCGCUGCAGCUCCGGCCAUCUCAUUAGCUCCGGCUAUUUCGCAUGCACCAGCCAUCUCGUAUGCCGCUCCAGCAAUAACAAAAAUAGCGUCUGCACCCCUUAUCUCGACCGCCUCAAUCGCUGCUCCAUCCUUGGGUUAUGGUUUAGGUCAUGGUAUUGGCUUGGGUCAUGGUAUUGGCUUGGGAAGUGGUAUUGGUUUGGGUCAUGGUAUUGGUUUGGGUCAUGGCUGGUAA